AUGGCCGAUCUCUUCGGAGCUCGGCAACUCUAUCUCUUGGGAUGCUUCCUCCAAUCGGCCUUCACCCUGGCCUGCGGCCUGGCCAAGACGGGAAUCCAGCUGAUCAUGUUCCGGGCCUUCGCCGGCAUCGCGAUCUCCAUGUGUCUGCCAUCCGCCGUCAGUAUCAUCACACACGCAUUCCCCUCAGGCAAGCGACGCAACAUCGCGUUCGCCUCCAUGGGCGGCGGCCAGCCCAUCGGGUUCUCCGUCGGUCUCAGUGUCGGCGGUGUCUUCACAGACACCAUCGGCUGGAGAUGGGGCUUCCACAUCGCGGCCAUCAUCAACACUGUCAUCUUCCUCAUCGCCCUCAAGUGGCUGCCAAGUAUCGGCAAGCGCGAACCGGUGACGUGGAACCGCUUCCUGACCGAGGUGGAUUGGAUCGGGGCGUUCCUGGCGAGCGGCUUCCUGGCGAUGGUAUCCUAUGUUCUUGCCGUCAUGACCGAGAGCCUGAGUGACAUCAAGAAGCCGGCCAACAUUGCUCUCUUGAUCGUCUCGGGUGUCUUGAUCGGCAGCUUCAUCGGAUGGGUCGAGCGGCAAGAGCGCCUCGGCCGCCCAGCCAUCAUCCCGAACUCUCUUUGGAAGAACCGCAGCUUCACCAGCAUCUGCGUCAGCGUCUUCAUGGUCUGGGGCGCCUUCAACGCGACAGAGCAGCUGAGUUCCUUCUACCUGCAGUAUGUGCAGCGGCUCUCGGCGAUCGACACCUCGGUCCGCUUCCUCCCGGCCCCGGUGGGCGGCGUGCUCGCCAACGUCGUCGCCGGGCUCGUGGUGCACCGCGUCCGGGCCGACCUCGCGAUCCUCAUCGCCGUGGCCCUCGCGGCGCUGUCCCCGAUCCUGAUGGCCGUUGCGGACCCGGCGUGGAACUACUGGUACUGCAUCUUCUGGGCCAUGUUCAUGAACGCCAUCGGCGCGGACACGCUCUUCACUAUCUCGAACCUGCUGAUCACCUCGCUGUUCCCGUCGAGGACGCAGGGUGUUGCGGGCGGUGUGUACAACACCAUCGCCCAGAUCGGCAAAAGCGUGGGGUUGGCGUCGUCGGGCGCGAUUGCGAGUGCCGUGACGGCCAAGUCAGGUGUGGCGGAUAAGGAGAGCCCAACGGCGCUGCUGGAGGGCUAUCGGGCAUCGUUCUGGUACUGCUUCGCGCUCUACGGCGCAACCCUGCUUGUGACCAUUUGGGGACUCAGAAAGAUCGGCAAAGUGGGUGUCAAGAAGGAAUGA